CCUGCAGGCAUAACCGGCGAUAGCGAUUAUAGAUAGCGUCCGUUUCUUCUUCGAGGCUUCACAUCUUAUGAAAUCGUUCUGCCCUUUUCCAUUCUCUCUCACAGCUCGUCAAUGGCAGAUCAGAACCAAAAACCAGAGCUCUUUGAGCUCAACAAUGGAACCAUGCAUGUCCUCGUCACCAAUGUCGGCUGCACCGUCACUUCCUUGUCGGUCCCUGGCAAAGAUGGAACCUUGUCGGACGUUGUUCUCGGGUUCGACUCUGUGGAUCCAUAUCUGAAAGGUCUUGCUCCUUACUUUGGCUGCAUUGUGGGUCGGGUUGCGAACAGAAUCAAAGACGGGAAGUUUACACUUGACGGAGUUCAAUACUCAUUGCCUGUCAACAAGCCCCCAAACAGUCUACAUGGUGGUAACAUGGGGUUUGAUAAGAAGGUGUGGGAGGUUAUUGAAUAUAGGAAAGGUGAAACCCCUUCGAUCACUUUCAAGUAUCACAGCCAUGAUGGGGAGGAAGGUUAUCCUGGGGACCUUACUGUUACUGCAACUUACACACUCACUUCUAAGACAACUCUAAGGCUUGACAUGGAAGGAGUGCCAAAGGACAAGCCCACUCCAGUGAACUUAGCUCAGCAUACAUACUGGAACUUGGCAGGCCACAGCUCGGGGAACAUCCUUGACCAUUCAAUUCAGAUAUGGGCUCAUCAUAUCACUCCUGUGGAUGAGAAUACUGUACCAACUGGUGAAAUUAAGCCAGUGAAGGGUACCCCAUUUGAUUUUACAUCUGAGAAGAGGAUAGGCGACACCAUUAAUCAGGUUGGAAUAGGAUAUGACCACAAUUACGUGCUUGGGGGUGGGGAUGAGAAGGAAGGUUUAAAACAUGCUGCGAAAGUGAAGGAUCCCUCAAGUUCAAGGGUUUUGAACCUGUGGACAAAUGCCCCUGGCAUGCAAUUCUACACUGCAAACUAUGUCAAUGGUGUUUCUGGUAAACAACGUGCUGUUUAUGGAAAGCAUUCAGGCCUGUGCUUGGAGACGCAGGGGUUCCCUAAUGCCAUAAACCAGCCAAAUUUCCCUUCUGUUGUUGUCCGACCUGGUCAGAAAUACCAACAUUCCAUGUUGUUUGAAUUUUCAGUUGAGUGAAGUUGUACUUUUAGGAGUGACACUGGAGAACUGGUGUGCCCCUAAAAAGAUUUUCAGCAUAAAUAUCCGUGUCUCCCAGAAUAAUAACUGCGUGCUUUGUGUUUAAAUAAAAGUUCUUUUAGUGCUGUUUGUACCUGA